CAAUUGUCUCUUGUCUCUUUUCUCUCUCAUUUGUGUGCGGCUCCUCUUUUCAGAUCAAGAACCCUAAUCCACGCAGGACGUGGGAGGAAACACACACGACAGACUGGCAGCGUGGGGACUCUGUCCCUCCUCAUCUACCUUUAGUGCCUGGCUCUGUGCCUGCCGCAGGCUCAAAAGCAAAUGAAUGUUUGUGGAAUGAAUAGGUGAGAGCUCAACCUGCAGAGUGAAAAGCCUACGAAUGGCCCCAGUCCCCGCUGUGCUCAGCCCCUCCUCUCCAGCAGGACCUUAGCAACCCAGCCCUCAUUGGCUACACGUAUCCUUGGAGACAAGACACCAAGAGUGCAAACACAGGCCAGAGAACUGUGGGCAGAGUGUUUCCAACCUCCCUGCCAUGAGGGAUCUGUUCACCUUCCAGAACCAAGCCUGCUGGGAGGAGCGCCUCAGGAAGGAGGCUGCCGCCCGAGCCGCCUGGAAGGUCAACCAUGGCCACAAGUACCCCAGGGAGAGGUCCCUGCCCAGGAAGCGGCUCCAGCAGGCCCUCCUCCACUCAGCCCCGGGAGUGGGGUCCUUGCCUGCCACCAGCUCCCCUGACAGCAGGACCGGAUUGCCAGAGACCCAGGGGGUCAGGGCCCAGCCGUCCGGGACAGUGGGAGUCCAGGAGGCCCAAAGAGCAACUCGGGAGCCCGCAGGCCAGACCAAACGAGGGAGCUUGGAAAUGAGGCGGGUGCCCUCGAGCACCCGGCAGCUGCUCUUCCAAGGCCUCUCCCACGACGGCCAGGGCCGGGCCUUGUACCUCCGGGAGCGGAACCGAAAGAAGCCAGCGGAGAAGUUUCGGUAUCCCGUCUUAUCCUCCUGGGAGUACGGCUGGCACGUGGGGGAUGCGGUGAAGAACACCAGGCUUUCAAUAUAUGCUAAGUGCCAGCCCAUCACAGAAACCUUUCACAGCAAAUGUGGCGUCUUCCAUUUUCCUCGGCGAACAGACCAGCUAAUGUGAACUCCGCGGGAUUCAGAAGUGGCUUCUUCCUUUGCCCUCGUCCACCUGGACCCAGCGGAGGGGAGAUGCUGCGCCACCUGCCCUCCCUGUGUUGGCAGCCCGUCCCUGCUGGGCACCCCGGGACUCAGGGUGGCCCACCUGCUGCCUCCGUCUGCCCUCGGUGACCGCAGCUCCUCACAGAGCUCCCACCACCAUCCCCAGCCUGUGCUACCACCAGGGUCAAACCCGAAACCCAAGUAAGUGCCCUGACCAAAACAAACCCCUUGUGUACAGGCCGAUGCUCCAACCAACUGAGCCACACCAGCCAGGGCGAUGGUUUCAGCUUUGUGAACCAUCAGGUCUGCCACAAAACCACUCAGCUCUGCUGUUGUAGUGUAAAAGCAGUGUGGACAGAACAUAAACAAGUGAGCAUGGAUGUGUUCUAAUAAAACUUUAUUUAAAAAAAACUGGUGGUGGGCUAGAUUUGACCAUAGUAGUAGUUGGCUGAACCCUAGGUUAAAUGAAAUAUAUUAUUAAAAUUAA